AUGCAAAUUUAUGAAUAAAAAUACUUGACUUUCAUUUCAUUUGAGUGAGCGAAUUGAGAGUAAAUUUUCUUAUUUAUCUCUGUAUUUUAGAUUUUGCCAACUUAAGUAGUGCUUAUUUUAGGUCUUACCAACCUAAGUAAUGCUUAUUGACUUUUGUAUCUUAGAUGAGAUUGAAUGGUUAUUUCCACAACGGCAGCAAAACCGUUCUUUUGUUGCGAGCUUUCAGGAGGAUAAUCGCAGCACCAACAAAUUAAUCAAUUUGUUGCAGAUAUUAUGCUGCCGUUGGUCUUCCAAGAUGCUGCCGCAGAUCUCCACGAUGCUGCCAAGGUGCUAUAAAUACCUAAUUAUAAGAUCAAGCAAAGGAUCGACAUCUCACACAACAGACUCAGCACAACUUCUCUUUAUACUCAGAUUCAUCUUAGUUUCAAGCCCUUUAAUUUAAUUUUAGCUCUACGCUUCAACCUAGAUUAGUUUAGCAAUUCGGUUUUUCUUUUGUCGAAUUUGUAAUGGUGAGUUUCGCUGCCUUCAGUAAUAUUUCUUUGUAAUCGGAUUGCUUCCUUUCCUUUAUAUUUGUUUUCCAGAUUUCCUUUAAUUUAAUCAAAUGAUGUCGACAUU